GACCCAAACCGUCAUGGCCAGAUUCGUGCUCGCGGGUAAAGCGGACUGUCCCAACUACGCCAAAGCCGAAUAUUUGGCGGAUAAAUGUCAGAAAUGUCUCCCGGAUUUCAGAGUCCGGAAAAUACCGAUUCUCCCCGAACUCUGGCAGGCCUGGUUGGAGGAGACGUGUCUCUCACACGGCUGGACUCACACAGUCUCUCCUGUGGUCCGUCCUCUGGUCCGUCCUCUGGUCCGUCCUCUGGUCCGUCCUCUGGUCUCUCCUGUGGUCUGGAGGGAGGUGGGUCCGGGCUGUCCGGGGCUGCUGCUGGGAGGACUGUCAGACUUCAUGGAGCACUGCCAGGCGUAUUACAACAUCACCGUGGAGAUUCCCUCUGAGCUCAGCCUGAAGAUCGCAGAGGAGAACAUGGAGGCCAUUUUGGAUCAGAACCAAGAAGAACAAGAACGUCUCCAGAACAUCAAACCCCUGAACGUGUGGAUCUGCAGCGCUCUGAGUCCAGUUGCUCCGUUCCUGAUCUCAGAGCUGCUCCAGGAUCCUGAAGUCCUCCCAAAGUCCUCUCUGAUCUCCCUGCACCUGCUGCACCCGGACCAGGAUCAAGGACUGAACCAGGACCAGAUCUUGGACCAGCUGAAGGGCCUGCAGAUGGAGACUGAGGAUCUGGCAGCUCCAAGACUCCACCAGGUCUCCAUCCACACGUCGCUGCUCGAGGCCUUCACAGACGCUCACCUGGUCCUGCUCCUCGACGACGACUGGAAGGGCUCCUGGACCACAACCUCCUGGACCAGGGUCCUGGACCAGGGUCUGGACCAGGGUCUGGACCAGGGUCUGGACCAGGCCUGGACCAGGGAUCUGGACCAGGAUCUGAACCAGGAUCUGAACAAGGGUCUCAGGGACCAGGAUCUGAACAAGGGUCUGGACCAGGAUCUGAACCAGGAUCUGAACAAGGGUCUGGACCAGGAUCUAGACCAGGAUCUGAACAAGGGUCUGAACCAGGAUCUGAACCAGGAUCUGAACAAGGGUCUGAACCAGGAUCUGGACCAGGAUCUGAAGCAGGAUCUAGACCCGGAUUUGGACCAGGAUCUACACCAGGAUCUAGACGAGGAUCUAAACAAGGGUCUGGACCAGAGUCUAGAUCAGGACCUGGAGCAGGACCUGGAGCAGGACCUGGAGCAGGACCUGGAGCGGUACAGACGGUUUGGUCGUCAGAUUGAGAUCUCGUCGGGGUCAGAGGUCAGGGUGCUGCUGUUCUCUCGUCGUCACGUGAACCAGAAAUGUUCCGCAGUGCUCCAGGAAUGUCCCAGAGUGAACAGGAAGAACUUUGUCACCGUGGCAACGCACAUGGAAAACCAGGCACGAGUCAAGAUCGCCGACAAACUCCAGGUCCGACCGCAAGAUGUUCGUGGUCUCCUGGUUUGGGGAGAUGUUUGUGGUCAGUUCUUCGUGGACGUUCAAAGAGCUCAGGUCCAUCACAGCGACGGAGGAGUCACCCCCCCUGCACACCUGGGACUGCCCCUCCCCCACCUGCUCCACCUCAGGAGCUGGUGUGAGACGGAGCUGCAGGAGCCUGUGUCUCACCAGAGGGGGGCGCUGUGCUGGGCUCACGCUCUGCUGUGUCUGCUCAAGGCCUGGGACAGACCAGGGACCCGGGACGGACCGGAGACCAGGGACGGACCAGGGACUGUGCACUCUGCAGGAGUCUGCUGCUCCGGCCUCCUGGACCUGGACCUCCCUGAGGAUCUGGUCCUCUCGGUCCCGGUCCAGUUCUUAGAUGGAUCCUGGACUUUUGUCUCCAACCUGAAUGUCCACGAGAAGAUCAGAGACACACUCCUGCAGACAACAAGAACAAGAACUGAACCAGGUGGAAGUGAAACAGAAGAAUGAAGCUCAGAC